AUGAAUAACCUCGACGACCUCAAACAUAAUCUUACCGAGGAUAAGGUUCAAAAUGAAAAGCCCUCGACUGCCGUCAUCUCGAGAGGCCCAUCGCCAAACCGGGGCCAAUCACUCCGCGACGUCGACGCCGUAGGCCCCGACCGCGACAACAAGAGAGAAUGGCAAAAGAAGCGAGGCAUCGACCGAUCCAAACAGGUCAGGUUGGUCAAGUUGAGCCACAUGCGGUAUCAACAUCCUGAUUUGAAUGCGAUCACUACAUUCUUGAGAGAUUUCGGAAUGCACGUCACCAAAAAGGGCGACGGAGAACGGUGGUUCCGCGGCUACGGACCGGACCAGUACGUGUACUACGCCAAACAAGGGCCGAAAAAGUACCUGGGCGGGUCGUUCGAGGUCGAGUCGCGCGAGGACCUCGAAAAGGUGCUCAAGCUGCCCGGCGCCACCGUCUUGAGCGACGGGGUCGAAGAGAUGAAGGACGCUCCCGGUGGGGGAUACAUCGCGACCAUCGCCGACCCGGAGGGGUUUCCGGUCAACUUCAUCUGGGGCCAAGCUGAGGUCAAGGAGGAACGCGCGAAGCCGGCCAAACUCCAGAUCAACGACGAAGUCGACAAGCCUCGACAGAAGGCUUUUCAAAGGUUUGAUCCAGGACCGGCUGAAGUUCACAAGCUCGGUCACUUUGGUCUCAACGUGCAAGACUUCCCCGCGCAGAUGACGUGGUACACGACUCACUUCAACAUCGUGCCGUCGGACAUCCUCUACGUGCCGCUCGACAAGAUCGACCCGGCGACCGGCGCGCCGGCGCGCAAGGAGGUGGCGCUGUUCGCGCACGUCGACCGCGACCGGGACCUCGUCGACCACCACACCUUCUUCAUGACGACGCUGUCGCCCGGGGUCGAGAAGCACGUGCACCACUCGUCGUACGAGGUGCACGACUUCGACACCCAGGCCCUGGGCCACCAGUGGCUCGCCGAGAAAAAGUACACGCCCGUCUGGGGCGUCGGCAGGCACAUCCUGGGCUCGCAGAUCUUCGACUACUGGUGGGACAUCAACGGCUUCAUGGUCGAGCACUACGCCGACGGCGACCUGGUCAACGUCGACACCCCCAUGGGCUACGGCCCCGCCGGCCACGAGGGACUGGCCGUCUGGGGUCCCGACGUGCCCACCGAGUUUCUGGAGUAG